AUGUCCGCAAGCACUCUUCCCCCCGAGAUCGUCCUCAGCAUCCUCGAGAAGACCUACUAUCAGCCUGAUGGACGACCCGACCAACCCCUACUCACAUCUGCCGCUCUCGUGUGCACCGCGUGGUCCGCGCCCGCACAGGCCCUCCUCUUCCGCACCGUCACCUCGCUCAAGGCCACCAACGUAACCGCGUUCUACGCCGCAGUCGGACAGGACACAAAGCGCGCACGGCAGCUGGGCGUCUACGUGCGGAGCCUCGAGAUCUCCGUCGGCAACAAUGCCAACCUCAGCUGCAGCGUCGCGUUCCUCGUCAACGUCCUCAUGCGCUGUCCCCGUUUAUACGAGCUCGCACUGCACACGUACGGUAUCCACGAGCUACCGGAGGAUAUUAUACAGAAUCUGCAGGGUGCGAGACUGGACGGGCUGCGGGCGCUCAGCCUGAGCAACUUUGGAGUGCAGAGUCCGAUCGUGUUCCAGCUACUCGCGAUAUGGCCGCACGUCCAGUUCUUCAAGCUCGGCUCGGAGGUCGCGGCUGUCCCGCCGGGCAUGCGCCGGGGCAUAUGGAGGCAGCCCGCAUCUGCCGCACAGAAUGCGAAUGAGCCUCCUUCCGCCACAGACGAGAUUCAAGGAUCCCCAACCCGGCUCUACGACCUCGUCCUCUCCCGCUCCCCAUCCGCGACCGCACUCGGCUGGCUGUUGGCUUCCAGCAGCGGCACGCUGCGUAUCCUUGACGUGCGCGACGGCCUUGGCCCACUCACGCGCGCGGUCAUCCUCCCGCACGCGCCGCAUCUCCGCUCUUUACGCUUCCUCCGCUUCUCACUCGACUCGAUAGCCCUGCUGAGGGAAUGCACCCACCUCGAGGAGUUCGUGCUAUACCACAUACCGACCGUCGUGCCUGUCGCGCCGCACGUGCCGCGCACCGUGCAGCACUUCAAGUUCCGCAACCCGAUCUUCAAUCACAGCACGAAGCUGCAACCCGUGCUCGAUGUCGUGCGCGCGCUGCCGAACCUAAGUAUCGUCACGUGCGAUUCGCUAUGCGAGGAGCUAGAGGACUUUGGGAGGAUGCGGGAGGCGUGCGAGGAGAGAGGGAUCGAGAUGGAGCGGGACGAUAAGCCGAUCUGGGUGCACGAGGAUCCAGUGAUACCGCGCCGGCUUCCGAGGCGAAAGAGCGUAUCGAAUUUUGCACUCAUGGUGUGAGACGUAUCUCGAAUGUUUCAAUGUCCUCCAAAGGCACAGCGAUCGGCGUCGCAGCAAUGCUAUGAUGCAGUUGCGUCAGCGUCGAUCCGGCUGCUGGUCUCGACACGCGCACACCCUGCAGGCACUCAAUGGCGUACAUGUCGAGUCGAUUCCGCGUCUUGCCUCAGAAGUGUCGAUAACAGGUUUAAGAUAGCGUGAGAGGGCUGAUAAGGUUACUUGUCAGAUAACGCAAGAUAGAGUGAGAGCGCGAAAUGAAAGAUGGCGAAGACGUUGCUUGUUGUACGGUUUUAUUCCCGACAUAUCUGCGGCGCUGAUGUUCGCGAGCCCUCAAAGCAUCUAC